AUGGCCUCUUUUGCGGAAAUCCUGGCGAAACAGCCGAAAGUCAAGACCCGCCAGGCGCUUAUGAUCAUAGGCCUACAAAACGACUUCAUCACACCAACCGGCCACCUUCCCGUAGACACAAGCUCUGGAUUUCUCGACCGCAUUAACGCUCUCGUCCCAAAAUUUCGUGAACUUAAUGGCCAUGUCAUUUGGGUGCAAACGCUGUACGAAGACGACCGCCUUGCGAAUACUUCAUCAACUGGUGAAGGAGAUGCCUUAGUCAUUGCUGGCUUACUCGAUGGGGAGGAAAACAGCAGCCAAGUAGGUGACGAUGAAUCGACAAAAGACCUAACCCUGCCUGUACCCCAGGCGCAGUCACGCUCGGCAAAACACAAACAACGUGCUCUAGAUCUCUUUAAGCGCGUCUCAUCACGCAGGAAGGCACUUCCGGUCGAAGAAGUGAAGGCAACGGUCGAAGAAGAUGAAGAGCUAUUUUUGUUGAGACGUGCAGAGAAAAUCGCUGCGUGCAUGCCAGAUACAGAUGGCGUCCAGUUUACAGAAGGCAUCAAAAAUCUCAUCGAGACGCCUCGAGACGCUGUCAUCACGACAACAAACUACUCAGCCUUCCUUGGCACGAAUCUCCUUCUGACUCUGCGGGCAAGACUCGUCACUGAAAUCUACGUGUGUGGAUGUCUUACAAAUGUAUCUGUUCUCGCGACUGUCAUAGAUGGAGCGCGUCAUGGUAUCAAGAUCAAUGUGGUACAGGACGCCCUCGGCUUCCGCAAGGAGACCCGACAUGAUCUUGCGCUAAAGCGGAUGGAAGACUUCUUCGAUGCAUGGCUUGUCACGAGCGCAGACGUCCUUGCAAUGGAACAACUUACGGUUGUCGAGCCAACGAAAGAAGAAAUGAAGCCAGAUACGAAGGACUCCAAGCAAGCCAAAGAUGAGCUCGAAACGCUGGUUAGUAAGCUGUCUCUGGCCGACAGGUCGAAUACCACGACCAAGAAGCCGGACGGCCGUGUUACUUUGGCGACCAACAGGCAACUCAACACCGCAGAUACCCCAGGCUCCGGAACUCUUGUAACAGCCGAGGAAGGAAACAGCGACGAUGACUUUGGAAUGACACUGGCGCGAAACAAGCGGAUGAACGGUGCGGAGCAACGGCCGUCCGAUUCUGGCGUAACGCAACUAGUCCAGUCAAAAACUCGCAUGAGAAAGAAGAAGAAGAAAAAGAAGCCGACAGAAGAUUCGCUACUAGAGCCCGGUGUGCCCAACGACGAAUCGAACAAGUUGGCCACACAUGGCUCCGUUCAACCAAUUCUAGCGAUACACGGAGAGAUCGAAUCACCAAAACCCAAGGCACCAAACGCGGAAGCGGAAAGUAACGACACAAAGAUGGACAAUAGCACCGGAGCGAGAUCACUGAAACCAGCAACUUUAACUCCCAUCGCACCAAGCAAAACUAGUUUGGUUGACGGCGCAGAUGUGUCUCCAACCAAGGUAUCGCCGGAGAAGUCAGAUGAGGAGUUGUUAUCAUCAAAGCCUGAGCUCCCCACAGCAUCUCUUCCAAGCGCUUCUCUGUCGGAUGUCAUGUCAACCCAAACCACGCCUGCUGAUAUCCGAUCUCCAUCAUCAACUCUGUCCGGAACUGCCACGAUGACCAAGCCUCCCAAGCUGAAGUCGCUUGCAAACCUCCCUGUGUUAGGAUCCGGAGAUCACAUUGCUGAAGGCGAUUCUUGUAUCAUUUAUGACCUUUUCUCACCCAAUUAUUGCCAUCCAUCCGACCUUUCGACGCCCCUAGCAGACACGAUCUUCCAGCAACUGUACAACGAGGUACAAUGGCAGAAGAUGUUUCAUCAGCAGGGAGAGGUACCGCGCCUAGUAUGUUGUCAGGGCGAAUUUGGUGACGAUGGAUCGAAACCUGUAUAUCGGCAUCCCGCCGACCAGACAUUGCCUCUGCUCCACUUCUCGCCGAAAGUACAACGGGUGAGAAGAGCAGCUGAGAAAGCUAUAGGACAUCCACUCAACCACGUCCUCAUUCAGUUGUACAGAAGUGGAAACGACUUCAUCUCGGAGCACUCGGAUAAAACACUUGACAUUGCCAAAGGCUCAUCCAUUGUCAAUGUGAGUUUUGGCGCGCAAAGGACAAUGCGGUUGCGUACCAAGAGAGACUCGAAAGCCAAAACCGCCGGCGAUGACGAAGAUGCCCAACGCCAAACGCAGCGGGUUGCUAUGCCCCACAACUCAAUGUUUGUGCUCGGCCUCAAGAGCAACGAGAAAUGGCUUCAUGGCAUUAUGGCCGACAAGCGUGUCGGAGCCGAACGCAGCGACCUAGAGACUGCGUAUGCCGGGGCUCGAAUUAGCCUUACCUUCCGCCACAUCGCAACCUUCCUUGACGCCAAAGAGACCACUAUUUGGGGUCAGGGCGCAACUUCAAAGGACCAGCGCGGUGCAGCCGACAUCAUUAACAAUGACGAAGCAGAAGCCGAACGCAUGAUCCGGGCCUUCAGCCAUGAAAAUCACAGCAACGAAUUCGACUGGGACAAGUGGUACGGCGACGGGUUUGAUGUGUUGCAUUUGCAUGAGCCGCCGGAACAGCUGCCAAUGCUGUUUGCGAGCAACACCUCGAUUGAGACCGAACAAACUCAACUCGCACUUUGGGAGGCCAAAAUCAGUCACACGCUUGUCCAAGCACCAGGCCACGACAAGGAAGACCACUCCCUACAGCGAGUGCACUUCCGUGACAACGACGCACAAUCUACCGAGGUGUCGGGCCUCGCUCCAAUACUGUAUUAUAUCGACCGCUAUUACCCUCUCUGUUCAGACAAGCCCGUAACAGCAGCGGCAAACGCACUCCUUGUGCUCCUCUCGCAGUUCCCAUGUUUUUUCUCACACCGCACAGCAAAUCUACCACAAGAAAAAACAGAAACAGAAACAGAAACAGAAACAGAAACAGAAACGCGAGAUUUCACAGCCGCACUACACGCUUUGAGCGAGCAGCUUGGAGACCAUGGUGGUCCUUUCAUCGCGGGAGAUCGGUUCAGUAUAGCGGACUGUGUUGUCUGGCCAGUGCUUGAUCGUUGUGUGGAGAAGUGGGAGAAAUGGAACGAGCUGGAGUGGCCAGAACUGGCAGAAUAUCACAGGCUGACUUGGAAGAAGAAGGCUUGUUUGAAGAAGUUGAAGGGGGAGUUGCCUGCAAAUGGGAAGAAAACGUGA